CACAGACGCGCGCUGGGAGGCAUUUAGGCAGGUGAAGAUGGAGUGUCUGCAGGAAAGCAGCAACGUGUUGCAGCUGCUGGAGGAAUACUGCAGGCUGAGGUCAUGUCCAAAGGUAUAUGCCCAGUAUCAGGGCCCUUCAAUCCCGCUAUCCAGGAGACUAUCAGGAUUUCGGCAGUUCUCCUUUUAUAAGGCUGACACCACCAGUCAAGCUGAAUCUGUGAACAAAGAGAGUACGGUCCCGGAGCGGCUGGCGAAUAUCGUGGUGUUGCCACCGUUCACCGGGCAGAACCUGCAGACACAAGAUGAGAUCAUCCAGAGACUUGUCCAGCUGAUGAUAACAUUUGGAGACGACAUUAAUGUGAAGCUCAAACAGAACCCAGCCUUGCAGCAGCAGCUUCAGAACCUAAACUAUAACCUGUUUGAGAAGCUGACUUCCACCAUGCAAAACCUGGUGGCACCAUCGGGGCGGGCGGCGGGCUCUGACAGUCCGGUCCAGCAGCAGAGGAUUGCCUGGGUCUUUGAGUUGACCAGCAGACUGUCAGCCAUCACUGUGGUCCACCGCAGGACAGUACUGCAGUUUGGAACCAGAUACAUCGAGGAAAACCACGCUGGCUGGGUCCAGCAGCAUGGAGGUUGGGAGGAAGCCUUUGAUUGAUCUGCAGAUCUGUUAGAUGAAUGCAACCAAACUGUGAAUCACCUGAAGAUAUUUAUUACUUAAGACAUUUGUCUGAAUGUUUUAGAAUAAAAUCAAAAUUACAAAAAACUGA